AUGGCAGAAAAUAUCACAAAACAGCAAAUCAAAGACAUCAAUUCAGCAGCAGCGUACUCAAUCGCCUGUGAUGAGUCCAAAGACAAAACGGACAUUGAACAAAUAGCGCUGUUCUUCCGAUAUGUGAAUUCUGCUGGACCACAGGAAGAAAUGGUUGAGCUGAUACCACUAAAAUGCCAGACACGGGGGGAGGACAUCUGUGAGGCUGUGCUUGAUUGUUUACGAGCCAAAGAAAUAAAAACAACCCACCUCGUGUCGGUGGCUACCGAUGGGGCACCGAGUAUGACUGGAGCGCACAGGGGCUUUGUGGCUUUGCUGCAGAAAUCACUGGAUAGAAAGCUGCUGACUUUUCAUUGCAUCCUGCACCAAGAGGCAUUGUGCGCGCAAAGUUUUCCUCCAGAAUGCACAGAGGUCAUGAAUGUUGUUAUUCAGAUUGUCAAUAAAAUAAUGGCAAAAGGUUUAAAUCACCGCCAGUUCCGUUCAUUACUGGAUGAGGUGGAGAGCGCAUACUCUGAUCUCCUGCUGCAUAACAGAGUCCGGUGGCUGUCCAGAGGAGAGGUGCUGAAACGUUUUGCUGCAUGUCUGGGAGAGGUGAAAACUUUCAUGAGCAGCAAAGGGCUCACCUUUCCUGAGCUGGAACAGCCAGAGUGGCUGGAAAAACUCCACUUCAUGGUGGAAAUGACAGCGAAACUAAACACGCUGAACACAACGCUUCAGGGGAGAGGAGGCACAGCGCUGCACAUGCUGGAGGAGGUGUUGGCGUUUGAGCGCAAACUGACAGUUUUAGCCAGAGAUUUACAGAGAGGCACACUGUCUCACUUCCCCUCUUUAAGGGAGUUCAAACAAGCUCACGGAGUGAUCAAUUCAGAGUAUUUGCAGUCUGCAAUCACCACAAUGCAAGCGUCGUUUGGUAAACGAUUCCGUGAGUUCAGAGAGGAAAAAACCACAUUGUCCUUCCCCGUCACUCCCCUGACCAUUGAUCCAUCCCUGCUAAACGUGAAUGCAUUUGCAGGUGUAAGUCAACCUGCUCUGGAGCUGGAGCUGGCUGACAUAGCUGACAAAGACAUUUGGGUGUCCAAAUUCAAACGCUUGACAGAGGACCUUGAAGAUGUUGCCCGUCAGAAGGCCACUCUUGCUCAGAAUCACAAAUGGAGUGAUAUUGAGAACCUCCCGAGACCGGACAAACUCAUAUUUGAAACAUGGAAUGCCAUCCCCGACACCUACACGAACAUGAAGAAAUAUGCCUUUGGAGUCCUGUCGAUCUUCGGAUCCACAUAUGUAUGUGAGCAGCUAUUCUCCACCAUGAACUGCAUUAAAAACAAACACCGCUUACGGCUCACAGAUGACAGCUUACAGUCCUGCGUAAAGAUGAAAGUGACUUCGUACAGCCCCGAUUUGCAGAAGCUGUGCGCAGAGGUUCAGGAGCAGAAGUCCCAUUAACCAGGUCAAGGCUCCGCUGCAUACUUUGAAAGCCCAAGGCGAUAUAAGGAUGACGGCUCACGGAUUUUUCCCUUUUGUUUGCUGCAUGCACAAUUUAAAUUCAGCUUUUUAAUUUAUUCGAAAGAGACAUUCAGACAUUAUUAUUUUUUCAAGAAUUCAAAAUGUGUUCAUUACAUCGGUAAAAUUUAAUUUUCUCCGUAGCACUUCAUAAGACAUAACCACACUAUAGUUGUUUAUACAAAGUGUAAAGGUAAGAAAAAGCAAUAUAUACAGUGUUAUCUUCAUUUUAGAUAAGAUAAAUGGAUAUAAGGAUGACGCCUCAUGGCAUUUUUCUGCUUUCGUU